GUACAGAGAAGGAAAGGAAUCUCUUAUCUUCUUUCUUCAUCUCUCAUUCUUCGCUGUGUCGGUAUUACAUUUCCUCUUUCAGCUUCGAUUGCUUCAGCUACAAGCUUUCUCCGAUCCCGCUCUAUUUCCUCAGAUCAAAAUCCGAUCCUUCCGAUCUACAUAUCGGAAAUUAGAUUUAGCUUCGAUAAUCGGCGAGACUCCGGUGCUGAUCGGUGAUUAAAGUGCCUCGGAUCAUCAUUCUUUGUUUCUUAAAAGGAUUUGUGAUGGGGACUUUGCAAGGGCCAGUGAUUUGCCCCACUGUGAGCGCAAAGCAAGCCGGUUCUUACAAUCUGCCCAUGGUAGGCCCUUUUUUGAAGGUCAGGCAUCUUAGAAGUGAGCUGUGGGGAUUUAAGGCGUUCAGUGGUUGCAUCACUAAGGCAGGCUUUGCUUCUCGUCCUCGAAAUGCGAGUAAGUGUACGAGAGUGCAUUGUACUUACAGUUCUUCGUCGAAUGGGAAUGGAAGCAUGGCAGAGAAUUUUAAUGAAAAUGAUGAGGACUAUGUGAACUCUAGCGUACUUGAAGCCGUUGAGGUGAAGAGUGGAGCUGAUGGGUUCAUGAUUAAAAUGAGGGAUGGCAGGCACAUGAGGUGUGUCCAUAACAACCCUCAGGGUGGUCAUCUGCCAGACUAUGCUCCACAUCCCGCUAUUGUAUUGAAGAUGGAAGAUGGGACUGGCCUUGUGCUUCCAAUUAUUGUUUUGGAAAUGCCUAGUGUGUUGCUCAUGGCAGCAGUGCGCAAUGUUCCUAUUGCUAGGCCAACUAUGUAUCAGGUGGUGAGGGAAAUGAUUGACAAGAUGGGUUAUGAGGUCCAGCUUGUUAGAGUCACUAAGAGAGUGCAUGAAGCAUAUUUUGCUCAGUUAUACCUCAGAAAGGCAGGUAGUGAGACAGAGUUUGUCAGCUUUGACCUUCGGCCCUCAGAUGCCAUCAACAUUGCUGUAAGAUGCAAGGUUCCCAUACAAGUUAACAAGUAUCUAGCAUACAGUGAUGGUAUGAGAGUUAUCGAGUCUGGAAAACUCUCUGUGCAUUCCCCUGCUUCAGAUGGUUUAUUGUUUACUGAACUGGAUCGGCCAAAUGGUCAGCCAUGUAUUGAAACAAAGGAGUUUAAUCUUGUGCGGAAUAUGCUUAUUGCUGCUGUUGAGGAACGUUACAGAGAUGCUGCUCAGUGGAGGGACAAACUCCUUCAAUUUCGUGCUAAAAAGAACUUGGCAUAACAACAGGGUCCCAAACUGUUCCCUGAGAUUUAGAACAUUUGUACAUAGACACCAUUCUUCCAAGUCGAUGAAGUCGAGCACAAUCGUAGUCCGCAUGCAUCAUCUCUGCUACUCCACUCUAUAUACGCAUGUAAAAAGUCUUGUGAAUAUCUAGCCAUAUAUAUGCAUAGUAUAGAUAAGAAGUGACUGGCAAUGUAAUGCUCAAGGCAGAUGGCACUUGUCGGUUUCUGUUUAUUAUAUGUUCUGUCACUGUUAAACACUAAAUUGAUCUCUUAAUGGCUGAUGUAUGCGCACCCUCUUGGGUGACUCCUUGCCUACUGGCCUGAUGUACCAUGAUGUUGAUGUCUUGAAUUGCCGUCGUAAAUCGAAUGCUGAUGAACAAGUCCAGUGUACCC